UGUCGCACAGAGCAGCAAAAGAUGGCGAACACAACUGAGAGUUACGAAUGCAUUACUAAGCACCCGCUUUUUGAAUUGUAUUGCCUCAACAGGCGUAUACUCGACCUGGAGUAUCUCAAGCUGAAGCAUUACUGCACAUACCACCUUGGACAACGCACAUCGAAUGAACACAACAAAAUGAACAGUGCAUGCCAUAUAAUAGAAAGACACGCAGUGCAUUACUCAAUCUAUUUUAUCAUAUUUUUUAUUUAUUUUAUAUAUUUUUGCAGCCAAUACCGAUACACUGCCUACCGACAGUUUGUUUGGUGGGCGUACAGGCGACUUGGUCAAGUUAACAGGGUCGUUCUACCAAGCUGCCCUGCCCAUAGAAUCAGGAAAGAGUUUCCUACGUCAGGAAGGCAUUACACUGGCUACCUGGACGCAUGAUGGCAGUUCCUCCUCAAUGAACACCCAGAGUUUCCU